GUCUGGGAACACUAUUGUGGUUGCAGAUCACUAGUCUUCACCCUUUUCAGACUCUGGAGAGAAUAUGAAUCUCUAUGCUGUUAAAAAAAAUUCUGAAAUCGCAUGACGGCAGUGAUUCAGGCAGACCAUUCCAGAGCAGCAUUUCAUCAUGUGCACCAAGUGUUCCUUAUCGGACAACCAAAAGUGUGGAUUCAAGUGAUGAAAGCUUUUCUGAAUCUGAUGAUGACAACUGCCUGUGGAAACGAAAACGACAGAAGUGUUUCAACUUUCCUCCUACUAAAUCUGAGCCUUUUCAGCUUAGCCAAAGCCACCAAAAGCAAGCUGCUCUAGGUGGCAAGAAGGUUAACAACAUUUGGGGUGUGGUGCUUCAGGAGCAGAGUCAGGAUGCAGUGGCUACUGAACUUGGGAUUCUAGGCAUGGAUGGUAGUAUCGACAGAAGCAGGCAGUCUGAGACUUACAAUUAUCUGUUGGCUAAAAAGCUGAUAAAGGAAGCUCAGCAAAAGGAGGCAGAGACUUUAGAUAAAGAACUGGAUGAAUAUAUGCAUGAUGACAAGAAACCAUUGCCAGCAGAAGAAGAAAAUGGGCAAGGCUUUCUCAAGCGGAAGCGGCCUGUAAAAGAUAGACUGGGUGAAAGACAAGAAAUGAAAUAUAAAGGAAGGUAUGAGAUAACAGAAGAAGAUUCAGAGGAAAAAGUGGCAAGUGAAAUUGCUUAUCGGCUUUGUGAGCCAAAGAAAGAUUUAAUUGCCCGAGUAGUGAAAAUAAUUGGGAAAAGAAAAGCUAUCGAACUGCUUAUGGAAACAGCUGAAGUGGAACAGAAUGGUGGACUGUUCAUAGUGAACGGCACUAGGAGAAGAACACCAGGGGGCGUUUAUUUAAACCUGCUGAAGAACACACCUAGCAUCAAAGAACAACAAAUCAAGGAAAUAUUCUAUCUGGAAAACCAAAAGGAGUAUGAAAACAAAAAAGCUGCUAAGAAGAGGAGAAUACAAGUUCUAGGAAAGAAGAUGAAAAAAGCCAUUAAAGGGCUUAACCUGCAAGAAUAUGAUGAUGCAUCUCGUGAGACUUUUGCUAGUGAUACAAAUGAGGCUCUGGCAUCCCUGGAUGACCUACAGGAGGGGCAUCAUGAAGCAAAGAUGGAAUCCGAAGAGAUUAUUGAAAUUGAUAACGUUUACGAUUUGGAGAUCUUCUAGUUACUAAUGUUCUUGAUAACAAAGUCUCUAUAAAACAUUAAAUUAGCCUUUCUUACAAUCCCAUAGCUUCUUGUUUUCAUAAGAUGCAGAAACAUGGGAAAUAUUUGAUGCUGAAGAACAUGACUUAGAAAAUUUAGCUAAGAACAUUUCUUAGCUAAAUUUUAACAUCAUGAAAUAUGCUAAUCGCCCUAUUAUUUGUUUGCUGAGUCCUGAAAAACUGUUAAGAUUUUUCUAGAUAAUAGCUCUGCAUCACGAUGUUUGUUCCUUAGGAACUGUUUCACAUGUUAGGUUUAGGAAUUAAAUCUAUGUUUUAACCAAAUGUACUUUAAUUUUUUGAAGCUCAUAAAGUCGUCAUGUGAGCAAUGCUUCUCACGGCAGUUGAACAUAAAACAGUAUAAAGUUGAUAUAAAAGGUUGUGUGUUCUUAAUAUGGCAGUGUGUUGACAAGAUUGUCAGUGUUCAUAGGAUUAAGACCUGUGAAAGGUAUGGUUUAUGAAAUAAACUUAAUUUUAAUGGUCAAUGACCUUUGAAUGACAACCUUGUAAAUAAGCACUGUUGAGCAAUGUAUGUUUUAAAUUUCUGCAGCAGUUUAAUCCUUCCUAUUAUAAUAGUGGCUUGAGCUUCCUACCUGUUCUGUCUAGACUUUUUCCAUGAUUAGACACACAACCAGCUUCUACAGAUCUCUUUGUUUGAAAGCAAAUAGAGCUGAAUGCUUUCCGAGUAGUGAUAUUUUACUAAGCUGUGUACCCUUCAAGAGCCUGUAGAUUCUACAUGCAGGUAUGAACCCUUUACCUUGCAAUUCUUGUUUCCAUGCUGCUUCUCAUGUGUGUGGUAGGAUAAAGUAAUGUGAGGCUUGCAGAAGUUCUGAAGUUUUUCUAUGCUGACUCUUUAAGAAAACAACAGUAUGCAAAAAGUGAUUUUUUUAUUUGAUGCAAAAGACCUGUGUAGUUUGUAAGUUCCAUUGAAGACAACUUUUAUGUUGUAUGUUGCUUUGAAUAUAACUGAAGAACAUUUGCGACACUGAUAAUGUAUGAUGUCUAAAAUCCUUUGUCACUAAUAAGUGGUGUUUUCUGUGACUAGACACUAUUUUCCAGCAUAAAAUAUUUCUGAAAUACUAAUGAAAUCACUUUCAAACCCAACAACAAACUUCACAUAAAUUUAGUUCACCUGGAGUCCUUGGUUUCAGAUGCAAAGCACUAAAACAUAAUGAAGUUAAAAUACUGAGCAAUUCCAUUCCAUCAAGAACUGGUAUUUAACAGACUACAAUAUUUGAAGAAAGAGUUGUUAAACAUAUAGCAUAUUCCACUGUAUGCUUUACUAAAUUUGAGUUUUGAUUUUUCUUUAUUUUUUAUUCAUGUGCCAGAGCUCCCUAUUAAGAAGUUACUCAUCAGAUGUAAAGCAUGGCUUCACUCGUAGUAGUUGCUCUUGCUGAAAUAACAAAAGGUUUUGAUUUGUCUGUUAACUUCCUAACAAACUUGUGAUGGCCAGAAUCAGGAAAUGUCAGUGGUAGUUUAAGUAAUUUUAAAGUCUUCUCUAACAAAAGGAAGAUGAUAGAGGGCCCAUUCCUUCCUUUCAGUGUCUGACUAACUGGCCUUUGCUUCUGUUUUGUCUGUCUUUUCUAUGUGGUUUUCAAGAGAAUCCUUUCAGAAGGAAGCCUGUUCAGAAUGAUGUUCAUUCCUGUUACACCAGUAAUUUCUUUACCUUUGGUAUCAAAAAGAUUGCAUUAAGCACUACUAGUUUGGUGUAGCACUGCAGUGGCUGCAGCUGAGCUUUAGUUUGUUAGUGGAGUCGUGGUGCUGAUCCUCCCUUCUCUGUGCCAGGCACAGGCCCUUGCACUCUUCUAUGGGAUGCAUCUGCUUGUGCUGGUUGGUGGUGGCAGCCCAACAAGUGACCACGUUGUGAGUCCCUGUGUGACAGUUUGGGGCUUCUGUCAGCAAGCCUUGGGUUGAGCAUGGGCAGUGCUGCAGCUGAGGAGUGCAGGGCUUUGGAAUCUGGUGCUUCAGUCACCACAGUUUCAAAGGGACUGAUGCAAGGGUGAGAAAGAACUGUGACAUUCCUGAGUGUUUCUAUAGAUCUGUCUCUUUAUUAAUGGAGGUUGUUGAGAGGGAUACAGUGGCGGUCAUUUUCAUCUUCCUCAUGAAACAACUUUUUGUUCCUCCCUCUUUUCUUCCCACAAAACUACUGCAAGAGUAGGAAGCAUGGGUAGAGUUAGAGGUUUUCUCUGUUAGCUCCUACAUACUCAGCUUUAUUCUGUCCUGAGAUAGUACUUGCAGAGAUAGCACUUCCUGUGGCGCUUGUUAGUAGACUAUGGCUUGCUAUCAGACGGUUUUGUGGGCUGUGUUUUGUCUGGGAACAGAUAGGCCUACCCAUUUAUAUUUUAGUAGCUGAUGUUUUACAGACCAAAAUGCAAAUACAAGGGUUGGAGUUUCUGUUCUUGAGUUUCUCUGAUGGGCAGAUGGGAUUGAGACAUCAUUUUUACUGCAAAUGUAAACUGUGUAGUGCCAGGACAAAUACCACCUUCCAUCCCUUAAGCUGUAGCAGCGUAAUAAGCCAUCUUUGUCAUAGCUAAAGCAGACACUAAGAAUGGGGGAAACAUUCUGUCGUUUGAAAACAAUGCUUUUUGGUAUCACAGGGAAAAUUAAUUUAUUAAUGAUUCAGUUUUAUAGAAAGCAUCACUAAUUACAGUAUUGCAGAUUCUCCUUCCCCUUCCAAAUAGAUGAUCUCAUUUAUUUUUAAUGUCCUCCAAGCUUAUUAACUGCUAUUUGCCAAAAUUUCCAAGAAAGAAUGGAAUGACCCAAUGCUUCCUAUGUUGCCUUGGAAAGAAGAUAGGAAGAAUAAUUUGAAUUUAAAGGUAGUGAAAAUGAGAUCAGAAAAUGAUUUUGUAGUGUAUGCAGCUUAAUAGUUGCCCCAUAUUCAGCAAGGUGCUGCUGGGUAUCUGCAGCAACUCAAAUUGAAUCCCAUUCCAAACAUCACCAGACAGCAAUGCUUUGCUAUUCUGUCUGUAUCAUCAUAGUAGUGCUAGCAGGACAUUUUGUCCUGAAGCUUAUUACUGUCUAAAACACGUCUAAAUCUUUCAAUCUGUUUUUCUUUAUUUUGACCGUAAUUUAAAAAAAAAAAAAGUGUAACUUAACAAGAAACAAUAGAGACAGGUAGUUGGCACAUGCAGGGUUAUUUAUUCUACAAAUUUAUUUAAAGACUCUGUUUUCUGAAACAUCUACAAGGAGAGGAAGGGGAAAACAGCAGUAAUAAGGUAUAAAGGUGAUGGGUAAAGAAGACUACAUUAAUUGUGACAAUUGCUCUUAUGGAGAAGUUGAAUUCCUUGUAUUUUGUCAAAGAUGUGGAGGGGUAGACUGGGUAAUAAAAUAUGAGUUUCUCAAAA